ACACUCUCUCUCUCUCUGUAAUCCAUAUAUAUAUGGUGCCUGUGUGAGUCCGUUUUUGUCUUGAAAUCCAAAGAGCAAUAAGAAUUUUCUCUGCAACCCAACACAUCGCAGAGAAAUGGUGGGUACUCAAGUUCCAAGUGAUUACAACGAUAAGGUUGAUGAGAAUUUAGCAGAACAGAAGGCAAUUGAUGAUUGGCUUCCAAUUACAUCUUCAAGGAAUGCAAAAUGGUGGUACUCAGCUUUCCACAAUGUCACUGCCAUGGUUGGAGCUGGUGUUCUCGGUCUCCCUUAUGCCAUGUCAGAACUUGGAUGGGGACCUGGAGUGGUCAUAAUGGUGUUGUCAUGGAUAAUAACUCUAUACACACUCUGGCAAAUGGUGGAGAUGCAUGAAAUGGUUCCUGGAAAACGGUUUGAUAGAUACCAUGAACUGGGUCAGCAUGCUUUUGGUGAAAAGCUUGGUCUCUACAUUGUUGUGCCACAACAACUAAUUGUUGAAGUUGGUGUGUGCAUUGUGUACAUGGUCACUGGGGGCAAAUCAUUGAAGAAGUUCCACGAUAUUGUUUGCAGUGAAUGCAAAAAUAUCAAGCUCAGUUUCUUCAUUAUGAUUUUCGCUUCUGUUCACUUUGUGCUCUCCCAUCUCCCCAACUUCGACUCCAUCUCUGGCGUCUCUCUGGCUGCCGCAGUCAUGUCCUUAAGUUACUCUACGAUUGCUUGGUCAGCAGCAGUCCACAAGGGUGUUCAAGAGGACGUGCAAUAUGGGUACAAAGCCUCAACAACAACAGGAACAGUUUUCAACUUCUUGAGUGCAUUGGGUGAAGUGGCUUUUGCAUAUGCUGGUCACAAUGUGGUGCUGGAGAUUCAAGCAACAAUUCCAUCUACACCCGAGAAGCCAUCAAAGAUCGCUAUGUGGAGAGGUGUUAUUGUGGCAUACAUAGUUGUGGCAUUGUGCUACUUCCCUGUUGCUCUAAUUGGGUAUUGGAUGUAUGGCAAUUCUGUUGAAGACAACAUCCUUAUCUCAUUGAAUAAGCCUGUUUGGCUCAUUGCAAUGGCAAACAUGUUUGUAGUUGUUCAUGUCAUUGGAAGCUACCAGAUCUAUGCAAUGCCAGUUUUUGAUAUGAUGGAGACUCUGUUGGUCAAGAAACUGCAUUUCAAGCCCACUAGAAUGCUUCGCUUCGUCGUGCGCAACUUUUACGUCGCUGCCACCAUGUUCGUUGGGAUUACAUUCCCGUUCUUCGGUGGUCUUCUCUCGUUUUUCGGAGGAUUUGCUUUCGCCCCAACAACAUACUUUCUGCCUUGCAUCAUGUGGCUUGCAAUCUACAAACCAAGGAAGUUCAGCCUAUCUUGGUGGACUAAUUGGAUUUGCAUCAUUCUUGGUGUUAUAUUGAUGGUCGUAUCAUCGAUCGGCGGAUUGAGGCAAAUCAUUGUUCAAGCCAAGGAUUACGAAUUCUACUCUUAGACAUCACACCCCCACAGCCGCGCACACGUUCCACAGCUGCGCACACGCCAUAUGAUUAUAUGAAGCAGUUAGUGUCUUGAAGAGGCAAAUUAUUCGGUGAAGAAAGGAAUUGAAGGAUUGAGAUAGUGAUUUGCUAUCGUUGAUUAUAUAGAUGUGUAAUUAUUUUUCUACACCUUUAAUCUUCAUGUUGCUCUUGGUGAAAGUGGGUAUGUUUUACAAUUUUAG